ACGACUUGAACUAGCUCCGGUAAGACGUCAGACACGUACGGUUCGGCGUACGGACAAGACAGGGAUGGGUAAGGUUCUGUCUUUACUACCUUGCGGUGGCGUGCAAAAACGAUCCACUACCAGGGGACAGUCGCGGAGGAUGAUCGCGCAGUUGGCAAGAAAAACAAAUUUCAACGAAAAGGAGGUUCGUCAGUGGCAAAGCCUAUUCCUCAAAGACUGCCCGGAUGGAUCGCUCUCUCGAGACAAGUUCGUCGCUUUCUACUGCGCUUUCUUCGAGUCAGUCAACGACCAGGAGAAGGUUUCGCUGGCGAGGCAAAUCUUUCGCACUUUCGACCAAGACGGAGACGGACAGGUGGAUUUUCCGGAGUUCUUGCGGGGGAUGAGCGCUCUUCUCCGGGGUACCACCGCUCAGAGGUUACGGUGGGCCUUCAGUAUGUACGACAUCGAUAACAACGGCGAACUCAGCCGAGACGAACUCUUAAAUGUUUUAAAGUUGAUGUACGAAUUGCAGCACCCCAGGAGGAGAACCAGCGAGCCGGGGAGUUCGGAAAACACCGGGCCGGGCUCCACCACGCACCUGGAGAAGCUGGUGGACAGGCUGCUGUCCGUACUGGACGAUAACAACGACGGACACGUGCAGAUGAAGGAGUUUGUGGAGGGAGUCAGGAGGAAUCCUCAACUGCUGACCUUCGAUGAGGGAGACUGAGAAUGAACUU